AUGCUGCUGAUGGGAAUGGCUCUGUGUGUGGCGCUGCGCUGGCGUGCGGCGCGCGCGUGCUCGUUUUUGCGCUCGCCUUCCCUCGGCGGCGGCGGCCUGGGCGGCGGCGGCGGCCUUGGUGGCGGCCUCGGCGGCGGCUACAAGCCCUCAGGCGGCCUCAGCGGAGGAGGAGGAGGGUAUGGCGGCGGCGGUGGCUAUGGCGGCGGCGGAGGAGGAGGGGGUGGAUAUGGAGGAGGGCUUGGCGGCGGAGGCGGAGGAGGAGGCUAUGGUGGUGGCCUCGGCGGCGGCUACAAGCCCUCGGGCGGCGGCGGCUACGGCGGCGGCGGCGGCUACGGCGGCGGUGGCGGCGGCGGCUACGGCGGUGGUGGCGGCGGCUAUGGUGGCGGAGGUGGCGGCUACGGUGGCGGAGGCGGCGGCUACGGCGGCGGCCUUGGGGGCGGCCUCGGCGGCGGCCUCGGCGGCGGCCUCGGCGGCGGCCUUGGCGGCGGCGGCGGCGGCGGCGGCUCCAACCCCUUGGGCUAUCAGCGCGGCAAGUUUUAG